AUGAAUGAAAAGAUAAAAUCCGUGAAGCUGAAGAUUGGUGGGGAUCCGGAGCUGCUGAACGCCACGUUUAUGCAGGAAUUCUAUAAUUGGGGCGGCUACACAUCCAACAAAUCGUUCAUCGACCAGGUUUUCAAGAAUCACAUCGAUUUUCCGUUAAAGGUGAUCGACCAGAAGGUCAUCAACGAGGUGCUGUCCAAUCUCUACGGCGUCAGGGUGGCCUUCCAGGCCCGGCCCAUUCCGAGUCAACAUUAUGUAUGCCAACAUCCCUCAAUUCGUUCAAACCUUCAGCUGCACGAAAGAGUCGAAGAUGAACUUGGUCAACCGAUGCUAGCCCCAGAACCGGCCGGAAUCCCUCGGAAUCGUCUCCAGUGCUCGAGUGCCUAC